AUCAAAAAAUCCUGGAUCCCGCUCUGAAUUUUACCUAAGUUUUUACUCUUGUUUAAUAAAAUGGUUUAUUUUUUAAAUUUGUUUUAUAUUAUCGGUUGCCGGUCCUUUUAAUUACUGUCGCUAAAGAAGGAAAGAAAUUCCAAGGCCAAGAAAUGGUUAAAGUAAAAGCACACGAACUUAGAGGAAAGAAGAAAGAAGAACUUCUUCAUCAGUUGAAUGAAUUGAAAACUGAGCUUCAGCAACUCAAUGUAAAUAAGGUUACAGGAGGUGCACCAUCUAAACUUAGUAAAAUAAAGGUUUUCCGAAAAUCAAUUGCCCGUGUGCUAACAGUUAUUUCACAAAGCCAAAGGGAAAACUUAAAGAAGUUCUAUGCCAAUAAAAAAUACAAACCAUUGGACUUGCGAUCAAAGAAAACUCGUGCUAUGCGACGUGCUUUAACCAAACACGAAGCCAGUCUUAAGACUGUUCGACAGGUCAAAAAAUUGAGACAUUUUGGUAUCCGUAAAUAUGCUGUUAAAGAAUAAAUGUUUCUCAAAUCA